AUGAUGCUCGACACACCCGCUGGCUGGAUGUGCCCCCGGCCCGACCCGUUCUCUGGCGCCUGCGAGCUGCUAGAGAACUUCCUGACGCAGGUCGACCUCAACAUCGAGCUGCACCCCGCCCAGUUCCCGGACGAGCGCACGAAAGUCCUCUUCGCAGCCGCGCACCUCCGGGGGCAGGCGCUCAAGUGGUUCGCUGGGCGCAGACGGACCAACAAGGGCCUAUCCGACGACUUUGACCUGUUCCUCCGCGAGCUGCGCAACCUCUUCAGCAAGCCCGAGCCGAUCGACGUCGCGAGCACGCGGUUGAUGGGCAUGACGCAGCGCACUACCGCGCACCAGUUCUUCAUCGACUUCAGCAUCGAGGCCGACAAGCUCGGCUGGAACGACCAGACCAAGAUCAUGAGCUUCCACCACGGCCUCAAGGCGCCGCUGAAAGAGAGCAUACAGGGCCUCGUGUGGCCCACGACCUUUGAUGAGUUUGGCCGCCAGGUCGUCCAGGUCGACGAGGGGAUGCUGUCCCGCGCUGCCGGACAGGGCGGAAAAGCCGACGUGCAGGCGCCGUCGAUGCGCUGGAUGAUGCGCGCGUCGAGGCUUGUAUUGACAUGGGACGCAGUGCCGCCGACCUGGGCGUGGACCGAACAAGCCACCCAACUCGACCUCACGACGCAGGCCAAGGCCCUCGCCGAUGCCUCCAAGCCCGUAGGCAACGGCGUCACCAAGCCGACAACCCACACGAACGGCGUGCCCAACGGCUCGGCAGCGCUCGCCACCAAGCCCAUGGCCAAACAGCCCUCCCGCACGCAGUCAGACGACACGCCCAAGGCAUACACUACCCAGCCAAAGGCCAUCUUCAGCGCUACCCGCAAGUCGGAGGACGCGACGCGCAGGAGUUAUACGCGCAAGCAGGUACCUGAGGCGUAUGCGCGCAAGUCGUUAGAGGAGGCGAGGAUCUAG